AUGGCCGAUUUCUACAAACUGCUUUUGGUAGGUAGAACAGGAAAUGGUACGAGCUCAACUGGGAACUCUAUUAUUCCAGGAAAACCAUUUCCUCUGACAUCUAACACCAUGAUAAAACAUUCAGGCGUUGUAAACGGUAUCAAUGUAGAGGUGGUUGACGGCACUGGCAUAGGGGAUGUGGCUGAAGAUUUAAACGGAGAUAUGAAGACAUUGGUUCUUGAUGUGGAGAGUAUGUUUAACAACAAACUCUCGCGGUCGUUCACGGCUUUGGUCCUGGUGUUGAAGUUAGGUACAAGAUUUACCAACCAAGAGAAGGAAAGCGUGAGAAUUGUCAAGUCGAUAUUUGGGGAGGAUGUUUUUAGAAAGUGUGGGAUCAUUCUCAUGACGUAUGGGGAUAAUUAUAUCAAUGAAGAGAGCGGAAGUUUUGAUGUUUGGAUUCGCAAUCAGUCUGGAAAUUUCAGGACUCUCUUGGAGGAAUGCGAAUUCAGGUGUGUGAUGUUCAACAACAAAACUAGAGACGAGGAUAAGGUGAGAGAACAGGUUGAUAAGCUGAUGUCUGCUGUUGCACAGGUCAAGUACACACCAUACACAUCACGUGACUUUGAUAACGCCAAACGUAUUCGACAGCGACUCAAAUACAGUAAACCUACACAGAAAGUUGGAGAUUAUAGUUACAGCACUAACACGACUGACAAACAAAUGCUUAUCCCAACAGUUGCACGAUGUUCCAAACGAAAGACAUUGAUUAUUGCGUUGAUCGUGGUAGUUGGUUUAAUCAUUUUAAUUACUGUCCUUGCUGUUAAAUUGAGUGAAAAGUAG